AUGGCAGUGAGUAGCGCGACACUAUCGAGAGUCAAGGCUCUGGUUUUGUUCUGCAUUACUGGUUUAGACAGGCUACAGUACUCAGCUAGUUGGGCGCCCCAAUUGUUUUGCUUACCACAGGAGCUGCGGAAGCGAAUGCUCGAGACCGACAAUCAGUGGAAGGAAAGGGGCACAUGUGUACAGGCGACUGCUUGUGUAUCGUCCUCAAAUUCUGUUCUAAGCAAAGCACAAGAGGCACAAGAAGAAAAUAGAGAAAGCGUUCGAGACAUGAACAGCAUUCUACUGACGCAGGCGGAAGAAGAAAGAGAAAGACUGGAGAAAGAAUUAGAUGCGAAAAUCGAGGAAGAAAGGCUAAAAGCAACUAAAACUAUGGAAGAAAGGGAGGCAGCAAGACAAGACAAGCUCAGAUUGCAGGAAACAAUGAUUAAGCAACAAAUCGACGAGAGACAGAAGAAAAGGCAACUGGAACUUGAGGAAACGAAGAAGGAACGUGUAUUGGUCCUGCAACAGAUGGAGGCACUCAAGUUAGAAGAUGAAUUGGCGAAAAGGCAAAAGGAAGAAACAGCAAGGAAAAUGCAGAUUGAAAUCAACGAGCACAACAGAAAGAUCCUCACAGAAAAAAGGCAAAGGGAGGCGUUGGAUCAGUUAGAGGAAGAGAAAAUAUUGCAGUAUGACAGAGAAAAAACUGAAAGAGAGAGAGAACAAGAGGCAAGGAGACAGGAGGCUGAAAAGGCGAAACAAAAGGGAUAUGCAGCAAUCUGUGCUAGGCAGGAUAAGGAACUAGAAAGGGCUGCACAGCUGGACGCUCUAAGGGCCAGGCGGGCAAUGGAAGAGCAGGAUCGACUUGAGCGCCAACGGGAAGAAACAGAAAGGCGGAAGCAAAAGAGAAUAAACGAGGAACUAACAAGGGCGCGGAUAGAGCAGCAACGAGAGAAGAUGCUAAGAUUAGUCGAAACGGUUUUAGCGGAGAAAAGAGAGUUUGAUAGAGUUGCUGCCACGCAGAAACAGCAAGCUCUAGCCGAGCGUUCGAAGAGAGAGGCCGAAAAAAACAAAAGACUGCAGCAUAUGAGACAACUUGAAAAGCAAAUACAAGCGAGGGCAACUGAAUUACAAAAGUUUAAAAUACAACAGCAUGCAGAAUUAGAAGCCCUGAAACAAGUGGAAGAAGAAAAUAAACGAUGCAUCGAGCGAGCACGGGACAGAAAAUUGGCCGAGCUGGGGAAGAUGGAUAAUGCCGAGAAAUAUAUUCAGCAGCUUCUCAGGGUUUGUAACAAAUAA